AUGGCAGCAUGUUGCUGUGUUCUUCUGGGCUUUGCAACGGUCACAGUUGAAGUUUAUGGUCAGCCUGAUGGUCUAGGGGACGAUGUAUCUGUUGGGAGCAAAAUUCUUGCAUGGAAACUACCAUGGCUUGAAUGGCAAACUUGGUACCCGGACGGUCGCUACGAUCGCAUCUGGAGGCCAUUGGUGCCACACCCGGAUGGACCGAGAAUAUCCACCACCUCGACGGUCCGAACCAUUGCGAACGGCUUCUUCGAGGCGCCUACAGCCGUUCCGCUGACCGCCGUCACGCCAACGAAAUCCUCCAGGUUGGUAUUAGUAGUGGAUCCCACGUCCGAGGAUAACUGUCUAUGGUACCAUGUUAUCUCGUAUUUCCAGUUCCAAAACCUCACGGGGAACGACUCAAGGCAGUUCAACGUCUUACUCAAUGGGGUUUUAUUCUACGGCUCGUUAUCCCCUGAGUACCUCUACGUGAACGCCUUGUACGGCACCAGUCCUUGGAUGAGCUAUCAUUACUAUAACUUCUCUCUCGCCGCGACGAAUUCUUCUGCGCUUCCUCCAAUCAUUAAUGGGCUGGAGAUUUAUUCUGUCAUGCGCCGCUCGGAAGUGGCUACCGAUAAAAAAGAUGUUGAUGCCAUCAUGGCAAUCAAGCAGGAGUAUGGGGUGAAGAGAAAUUGGAUGGGUGAUCCAUGUGCUCCAAGAGAUCUUAUUUGGGAUGGCUUGAACUGCAGCUACAGUGUCUCUGAUCCUCCAAGGAUUUCUAGUCUAAACUUGUCAUCCAGUGGAUUGAAUGGUGAAAUAACUGCUUCUUUUGCCAAUCUCGAAGCAAUCCAGUACUUGGAUUUGUCGUACAACAACUUAACCGGGACAAUACCUGAUCUUCUGGCAGAACUAUCAUCCCUUAAACUAUUAGAUUUGACGGGCAACCAACUCACUGGACCAAUUCCUCCUGGUCUCCUUAGAAGAUCAAAGAAUGGUUCCCUCAUGCUAAGGUUUGUUUUACUCUCUAAAACUAUUAAGUCCUCCCCUCAAUGUUUUAUAAAUUAUAAUUUGAUGCAGGCAAAGGGACUUCAAACAGAUUUACAAACGGAUCGAAGUAUUUGUUCCGAUGGGAAUUCAUGUGAGCGGAAGAAGAAGAUUAAUACACCCCUCAUUUUGUCUCUCUCAAAAGCUUCUAUGGUGAUACUGUUAGUGGUGGUAUUCAUUCUGUACAAAAUGAUGAGGAAGCAAGGGACCUCUGCGAGGCCACAGGUGAAGGAUCAUGAAGAUGGUCCAUUGCAACUUGUGAAUAGGCAAUUCACGUAUAAAGAGUUGGAGGAUGUAACUAACAACUUUCAGACGGUUAUUGGCAGAGGAGGAUUUGGGACUGUUUACCACGUACUUGAUAAUGGUAUCCAGGUUGCAGUCAAGUUGUGCUCUCAAUCAUCAUCGCAAGGGACAAAGGAGUUUCUGGCCAAGGCUCAGCACCUGACAAGAGUUCAUCACAGGAACCUGGUUUCUUUGAUUGGCUACUGCAGGGAUGGAGAUUUUCUGGCACUUGUCUAUGAAUACAUGUCACAGGGAACCCUGCAAGAGCAUCUGAGAGGUACAGCUUGCAACGCUAGAGUCUUGAGUUGGAGAGAGAGACUCCGAAUUUUAGUGGAAGCUGGACAAGGUUCGAAUUUGCACAAGGGGUCCAAGCCACCGCUAAUUCAUAGAGAUGUGAAGACCGCCAACAUUCUCUUGAGUGAACAGCUAGAGGCCAAGAUAGCGGAUUUUGGGCUGUCCAAACCCUUCCACAGUGACAUCCAGUCUCAUGUAUCCACAACAGUAGUUGGUACCCCAGGAUACCUUGAUCCAGAGUACCAUUCUACCUUCCAGUUCACUGAAAAGAGUGAUGUUUAUAGCUUUGGGGUGGUUAUCUUGGAGUUGAUCACAGGCCAACCGCCAAUUCUAUCAAGUCAAGAGAAUGGUCACAUCAUUAACUGGGUAAGCCAAAGCCUUGCCAGAGGAAAUAUUGAAGAUGGUGUGGAUGGAAGACUGCAAGGGGAGUAUGACGUGAAUUCUGUCUGGAAGGCUGCUGAUGUAGGACUAAAGUGCACAGCGCAAGCCUCCGUCCAGGGAGCAACCAUGUCCGAAGUCGUGAUGCAGCUGAAGGAAUGCUUAGCAUUGGAGGCUGCUUGUGAGAGGAGCACAAAUAGCAAAAUUUAUACAUGCAGCAAGAAUCUACACACAGAAUCUAGUGACACUAGCCAGUAUAGUGUUUUUGAAAUGGGAUGUGUUGGAAACAUGUCCGCGUUACCAGGUCCAUCAGCAAGAUAAUUUUGUUUGUCCUU